AUGGCAAAUGAGCUGGGCACACAAAAUGGGGUAGAGCAAUGGAGGCACUCCUACACAGCUUCGUACAGUGUUUAUGAUCUGAACACAAGAAAGCUGAUCACAGAGGAGAAGAUUCCAAAUAAUACACAGUGGAUCACAUGGUCACCAGAAGGUCAUAAAUUGGCAUAUGUUUGGAAGAAUAAUAUUUACGUUAAAAUUGAACCAAAUUCACCUAGUCAGAGGAUCACAUGGACAGGAGAAGACGGUGCAAUAUGUAAUGGGAUAGCUGACUGGGUUUAUGAAGAGGAAAUCUUCGGUGCCUACUCGGCGCUGUGGUGGUCUCCAAACAGUACUUUUUUAGCAUAUGCCCAGUUUAACAACACCGGAGUCCCACACAUUGAAUACUCUUUCUACUCCGAUGAGUCAUUGCAGUACCCGAGGACAGUGUGGAUUCCAUAUCCAAAGGCAGGAGCCGUGAAUCCAACUGUGAAGUUCUUUAUUGUAAAUACAGACUCCCUCAGCUCAACCACUAGUGCAGUUCCCAUCAAAGUCACUGCUCCUGAAUCCGUGGCAACAGGGGAUCACUAUUUGUGUGAUGUGGUGUGGGUUACAGAAGAAAGAAUCUCUUUGCAGUGGCUCAGGAGGAUUCAGAACUAUUCCGUGAUGGCUGUCUGUGACUAUAAUAAGACCAACCAAGCAUGGAACUGCCCCUUGGCACAGCAUCAUGUUGAAAUGAGCACUACGGGCUGGGUCGGAAGAUUUAGGCCUGCAGAGCCCCAUUUCACUUCUGACGGUGGCAGUUUCUAUAAGAUCAUCAGCGACAAAGAUGGCUACAGACAUAUCUGCCACUUCCCUAAAGAUAAGAAUCCCAAUCAGGACUGUACAUUUAUUACAAAAGGAGCCUGGGAAGUCAUUGUCGAAGCUCUGACCAGCGAUUAUCUAUACUACAUUAGUAACGAACAUAAAGACAUGCCAGGAGGAAGAAAUCUGUAUCAAAUUCAACUUACUGACCACACCAAUGUGAAGUGCCUUAGUUGUGACCUGGAUGCAGAAAGAUGUCAGUAUUAUUCGGUGUCAUUUAGCAAAGAGGCAAAAUUCUAUCUGCUGAGAUGUUUGGACCCUGGUCUGCCCCGCUAUUCUCUGCAUCGCAGCGCUGAUCACAAAGAGCUACGAGUCCUGGAAGACAAUUCUGCUUUGGAUCUGAGGAACUGGCAAGGUGAGAUAGCUGUGGCUUGUUCUGUCUCUCUGAUCUACCAGCAUGGACCCCAAUAACC